CUGUGGGGACAGGGCAGAGCUGCGCUGAGUGGGGCUGAACUAGUCCAGAGCAGUGUUAAGUAGAGAGAGAGGUAGCUAGUAAAACAGAGUGAAAGAGGGAGAGAGGGAGUCAGUUCAGAUUGUGCUUACCAAGCAGACUGGAUUAACAGCUGAAACAAACUGGACCUGUUUUUCUCUCUUUAGCUAAAGAUAGAGACUCAGCGACAAUGUGGAUGGCUGUUUAGACAGAGCUGCAUGCUGGUUAGGUACCGGGACAGAAAACUAUGGCAGUCGUACCCAGAUCCUCUCGCUCUUCCUCGCAUUUAGUAUAGUGAAGAUCUUCUCAUUGUGCUUAGUUUGGUUAAGUUUACCUCGGGACUUGCUGGUGUGAGAGACUCACUUGCAGUGACAUUGACCCGUAACCCCCCGACUCUGCUUUGCAGGUUCUGUCUCCCCUGGAGUUGGACUCUAAUUUUGGCUUUUGACCCCUGGAACAGGAAAGGGUUUUUGAUUUGGCAGGGGACGAGACCUGCUGAGAGCCAGUCUGGACUGAAGCGACAGCAUUUAUUCAUAAUCCGUGGACAACAGGAACAUUUCUUCUACUACACCAGAUCUGAGACUGAGACCGCGCUGGAGGCGUGUAUUUAAAGGACCCCUCUGGCCUCUAUUGCCCCAGGACCAUGGGGUCUCUCUGGGGCAGCAUUAUGCUGCUGUGUGGGGUGGUUCUGCUCAGGACAGAGGGCAGCGGAGCCCAGCAGAUCAAGAACAACGUCCCCCGGCUAAAACUCUCCUAUAAAGACAUGCUGGAGUCGAACAACCUUGUGACGUUUGAAGGCCUGGCCAACAGCUCGGCUUACCACACCUUCCUGUUGGACGAGGAGAAAGGAAGACUGGUGGUGGGAGCCAAGGACCACAUCUUCUCCUUUAACCUCCUCAACAUCAGCAGAGACUACGCACAGAUCCCCUGGCCGGCUUCUCCCACCAGAAGAGACGAAUGCAAGUGGGCAGGAAAAGAUCUCUCGAGGGAGUGCUCAAACUUCAUCAAGGUGUUGCAGCCGUUCAACCAGACCCAUCUCUAUGUGUGUGGGACAGGAGCCUUCCACCCUGUGUGUUCCUACCUGGAGGUGGGCAAGAAACCAGAGGACAGCGUAUUCAGGCUGGAGCCUCUCAUAGAAAAUGGUCGUGGGAAGAGUCCCUAUGAUCCCAAGUUACUCACAGCCUCCAUGCUAAUUGAUGGAGAGCUGUAUGCUGGGACAUCAGCUGACUUCAUGGGGCGGGACUUUGCCAUAUUUCGCACUCUUGGAAAGCAUCACCCAAUCAGGACGGAGCAACACGACUCCCGAUGGCUAAAUGAUCCCAGGUUUGUGGGCGUUCAUCUGAUUCCAGAGAGCGACAACCCAGAAGACGACAAAAUCUACCUGCUCUUCAAAGAAAACGCUAUCGAUGGAGAGCACGCUGGGAAAGCCACACAUGCUCGCAUCGGACAGCUCUGCAAAAAUGACCUGGGAGGUCACAGGAGUCUGGUGAAUAAGUGGACCACCUUCUUGAAGGCUCGACUCAUUUGCUCUGUGCCCGGCAGUAAUGGAAUAGACACACACUUUGAUGAACUACAGGAUGUUUUUCUCAUGAGCACAAAGGAUCCUAAGAGCCCAAUCAUUUAUGCAGUAUUUACCACUUCCAGCAACAUCUUCAAAGGCUCAGCUGUGUGUAUGUACAGCAUGACAGACAUCAGGAGAGUGUUCCUGGGUCCUUACGCUCAUAGAGAUGGACCAAACUAUCAGUGGGUGCCCUUCCAGGGACGUGUUCCAUACCCACGGCCCGGCACAUGCCCGAGCAAGACGUUUGGAGGAUUUGAUACAACUAAGGACCUUCCUGAUGAAGUCGUAACUUUUGCUAGAAGCCACCCGGCCAUGUUCAACCCCGUAUACCCCAUUAACAAUCGACCAAUCAUAGUCAAAACAGAUGUGGACUACCAGUUCACCCAGAUAGUGGUGGAUAAAGUAGAAGCAGAAGAUGGCCAGUAUGACGUCAUGUUCAUAGGAACAGACAUGGGGACGAUACUGAAAGUGGUAUCCAUCCCCAGAGGCUCCUGGCAUGACCUGGAGGAAGUCCUACUGGAAGAAAUGACUGUCUUCAGAGAGCCGACAGCCAUAACAGCGAUGGAACUUUCGACAAAACAGCAACAACUGUACCUCGGUUCAGACAUUGGUGUGUCCCAGAUGCCUUUGCAUCGGUGUGAGGUCUAUGGGAAGGCCUGCGCUGAAUGCUGCCUCGCAAGGGACCCUUACUGUGCAUGGGAUGGCGCCGAGUGCUCCAGAUACUUUCCCAUGGCUAAGAGGAGAACAAGGAGGCAAGACAUCAGGAACGGAGACCCACUCACACAGUGUUCAGAUCUGCAACACCACGAUGAACUAAGUGGGCAGACAACUCUCCUGGACAAAACUGUGUAUGGUGUGGAGAACAGCAGCACUUUCCUUGAGUGCAGUCCCAAGUCCCAGAGAGCCCUGACGUAUUGGCAGUAUCAGCGCUCGACUGAUGACCGCAAACAAGAGAUCAAAUCAGAGGAACGUUUCAUCCGCACAGACCAGGGCCUGCUGAUUCGCACACUUAGCAAGAAGGAUUCUGGGAUCUACCUGUGCCAGGCGGUGGAGCACGGCUUCAUGCAGACACUUCUGAAGGUGACAUUGGAGGUCAUUGACACCGAGCGCCUGGAGGAUCUGCUACACCGGGAUGAAGAGGCCACAGCCAGCGUCCCUGCCCCGGAUCUUACCCCACCUCAAGAAACUCCCAAUCAAAAGUUGUGGUACAGAGACUUCCUGUCUUUGGUCAACCACCCGACUCUGAACAGUGUGGACGAGUUCUGCGAGCAGGUAUGGAAAAGGGAGAGAAAGCACAGGAAGCAGAAAGCUCACCUGGUGCAGCAAGUACAAAUACACCAGCACCAACAGCAGCAGAAGGUUGCGAACCCUCGCAGCCACAUGCACGCUCAAGGGCUGGCGGCCAAGUGGAAACACCUGCAAGAGAGGCAGAAGGGACGCAACCGCAGGACCCAUGAACUGGAGAGGGCUCCCCGCAGUGUCUGACCCAUAACCCUUUGACUUUUAACACCCAAACCUGAAACCACACCCUCAUUCUGUAACCUCGAUUAACAUACCCACGUUUCUCCUUCAUACUGAGAUACAGACAUCUUUCACAAAGACUGGGUAGAAAAGUUAAACUGGAAAAAAGCUAACACUAUCCUGAUCUGCUGGCUGGUGUGUCCUGUGCGUGGGCAGCCAUGUUUACAGUACGACAGCACAGAGGACCGCGGGGAACGGGAUGUUGUAUCACGCCAGACCAUUUGAGCAUAUUAUCUCAGCUGGCCUCUGUGGCCUGGACACUGCAGAGGGACAAUGUCAAACCAGCACAAGAACUGGAUACAUAUACCCACCCUACAGACAUGACUGACUCCACGUUGAGAUGUCAAUGGCAUUGUCUCAUGGCAUGCUAGUUAGGUGUCUUUAUCAGUGUGAAACUAAGUAGAUACCUAAAAAAAAAUACCAGAUAAUUUCUUUUUUUACUUUACAAAUAUGAAAGAAGAGGAGGUGGGGUUGUAUUGAAAACAGUAAAUGGACUUACAGUGGAAUUACAAGCACAAAAUAAGUGAAGCUCAUGAAAAGCACAAAUGGGAUAUUUGGUCAUUUUUGGUAUUAUAGAUGGUACAUCAGUCGACACAAGAAAGAAAAAUGCCCAAACACUGCAAGAAACUGCGAGCAACGGUCACCAUUUGUCAACAAAUACAACUAUGUAGCUAAGAUGUGUAAAUACUGUAUUCUAUGACGUCUCCUCAUACUAAAGGGAAUGGCUUGCAGUCGUCUUGUUGCUUUAUGUUGUUUCCCCCAGAUAGAAAUUUAUUUAAGAAAAAGUCUUUGGAAAGCCGUUGUAAACAGGGAGAUUUUGUACUAGCCUGUGUGUCUACGCCCUAGAUAAGCUUCCCAAACAAAGUCAGGUUUUAUUAUUCUGUUUUGUUCAUCUACUUUUUUUUGAAUCAUCAGAUUCCUUCCAAUGUCAACAGUCGUAAAGUUGACUGUCACUCCAUAGGGACGUCUGCCAACUGCAUCAUCUCAGUGCAUGAAAUGUCAUACUGAGUUCUUCCAUGUUCAUUUGAUUUGUAUUCACUUUGUUUCCUCUAUAUGUGUAUUUAUUGAUAAACAAUCAUGUACAUUGUGAAAAUAAUUUUCAAUGUGCAGAGGUUUUUUUCUGCUUUGUUUGAUUAAUCUGAUUUACAGGACCAAUCUUUUGAAAGAAUACUUCACCCACAAAAUUACCAUUUGUAUAAUUAUUAGUCAUGAAGCAAAGAAAACUUUAUUUUUCUUGCAUGCCUCCACUGAAAAAGUCCAACAUAUUGAUGUAUUGAUUGACUGGAGACCACAUUUAACAGCAAAACUAUAUCAAAACACCCGUUUACACACUCUUGCACAACUCAGGCUGUUAAAAUCCAAGCCUCAUUUAUUCAGUUGUAUGCUCAAUACUUCACAAACACAUGCAUUUUCACUAAAAUAAACCUUAGUAUUGGAGUCUGGC